UAUGGCCAACUUCAUACUGUUUUAUUUAUGUUACAGUUCUUAUAUGCAUCAGCUCAUGUCAUGAAACUGCCGUUAUUCCGACAAGCCUGUGAACUAGCGUUUGCUGAAUGUGACACUGAAGGAAAUGGUUACAUUAAAGAGCAUGAAUUGGGAUUAAACAUUAGACCUGCCAUCCCAGAUUUGAACAAGGACGAGAUCCAUGGUCUGUUCAGUUUAUUUGACAGCGACGGUGAUGGGGAGGUGAGCAAGGAUGAAUUCGUGUCCUCCCUACGAAAGAAUCCUCUUCUAAUAGCCGUAUUUUCACCUAGUUUGUUGCACAGAUACUUGUCAGGAGCUGACAAUAGGACGUUGGAGAUUGUUUGAUUGAUGAGUUUUAAUGCCCCAGGUGGGGUUAGAUGCUGUUUGUAAUGUGUACCAUUUGUAUCCACAUUUUUGGCAGCCGGGUUUGUUGCAGGGGAAGUGAGAGGGGAAGUGUUUUUAGUUGCUAUUAUAGCGGCCCCUUAUAAUCUUAUAGAUGAACAUUUCCCCAUAAGUUUUGAUAAUUUUAUUUUAUUAAACUCGGCAAUCUCCUUGUUAGUUCUCCCUAAUCUUUACUGUCUUUGUUUAAGUUUUUAGAAUAGUAUUCUAUUGUAAAUAGAAUCAAAUAUGAUAGAAUUUUGAGAA